AUGGCCACAAUCAAACCCAUAGAGGGCCGCACAGUCCACCAAAUUCAGUCCGGCCAAGUCAUCGUCGAUCUCUGUUCCGUCGUUAAGGAAUUAGUAGAGAACAGCAUUGACGCCGGCGCUUCUAGCAUAGAUGUGCGCUUCAAGAACCAGGGGCUAGACUCCAUUGAAGUCCAGGACAAUGGCUCAGGCAUAUCUCCUGACAACUACGAGACUGUAGCCCUGAAGCAUUACACCUCCAAGCUCUCAACAUACUCCGACCUCGGUACCCUUCAAACAUUUGGUUUCCGUGGGGAAGCCCUGUCGUCUUUAUCUGCCCUGUCGCAGUUCAGCAUUGUUACAUGCAUGGACAAGGAUGUCCCAAAAGGCACCAAGCUUGACUUCGAGUCCUCGGGAAAGCUCAAAGAGACGCAUGUUGUUGCCGCCCAGAAAGGCACCAACGUCAUCGUCGAGAAUCUCUUCCACAACCUUCCCGUGCGCCGCCGCGAGCUGCAGCGCAACAUCAAGCGGGAAUGGAAUAAAGUCAUCGCACUCCUGAACCAAUAUGCCUGUAUCCAGACAGGUGUCAAAUUCUCCGUAUCGCAACAGCCCACAAAGGGCAAGCGCAUUGUCCUCUUUUCUACAAAGGGCAAUCCCACUACGCGCGAGAACCUUGUAAACAUUUUCGGUGCCAAAACAAUGACUGUUUUAGUCCCUCUCGACCUGGAGCUCGGGUUCGAGCCUACUAGUGGGCCUGCCUUGAAGUCAGCUGUUAAGGACAAUCAGGUCUCUACCGAGGUGCGCGUUCAGGGCUACGUGAGUCGGCCGGCCCACGGGGAAGGUCGUCAGACACCUGAUCGACAAAUGUUCUUCGUCAAUGGCAGGCCUUGCGGGCUGCCUCAGUUUGCCAAGGUCUUCAACGAAGUAUACAAAGCCUACAACGCGUCGCAGUCCCCUUUCAUAUUUGCAGACAUUCAACUUGACACCCACUUGUACGAUGUCAAUGUUAGCCCGGAUAAGCGCACCAUCAUGUUGCACGACCAGAGCCGCAUGUUAGAGUCUCUGAAGGAGGCUUUAGCAUCUCUUUUCCAGUCUCAUGACUACCCUGUUCCGGCCGCUCAGCAGUCAACGCAAAAGGCUCAGCCAAGCAGGAUCGUGGCUGUUGCUCAGAACAACAUCCCCGACAACGAGAAGGGAGGCCGGAAACCGGCAGCAAGCUCAACUCUUCAUGAUGGUUUCAGCUCCGAGUACGACAGCGAGGAUGAUGACCAACCUUUCCCUCGCGAUAAGCGAAGAAAGAGGACUCGUGCCUCGAAAAUCAGGAAGCUUACACCUGCAGACAUCCAGUCACAGAACUUGAUCAGCCGGUGGGUUGGACGAACAAUAAACGAUAAAAAUGUAGCACGCGAGGAACGAGAGACACCAUCUCAUUCUAGGGAUUCUCCUGCGAAUGAAACAAGCAUAAAGAACCCGCCGGCGCUGCGCUCAUCCGAUGCGUCUGGGUUGGAAAACGAAGCAGCUGGGGACACUCCUAGUUCUCCGGCGACCCCACCUGAAGCUCGCUCUGUUACUACUAAGACACCUCAGCAAGUCCUUGACUUCAACGCUCGACUUGCCGAAGCCGUCGACAAUGAUGGCACAGCCAUGUCUCCCAUCGAUAGCUCGCGACUUGGUACUAGGACCGAACGUAAAGAACAAGCCCAAAUACCGGCCAUAACACCUCUUCGAGCGCCGCGAGAUGGGCAUCUUGCGCCUACACUGGUCCCUCGGCUACCUAAGCGGUCAGCUCCGGAGGUUGCGACUGUGACCAUUGGCGAAAGUACGGUCACAGGCUCUAUUGAGACCACGCCCAAGAGAACCAGAGUUAGGUCAGAGAUGUCGUCUUUGCCAGGGCUGGCAUCAAAGACGACUGCAUUCAAACCAUUGACGAUUUCUGCGACAGCGAAAUCCUCUUUUGGCUCGCACCUAUCCCAGAUGUUUUCAGCAAACCAGUCGGUUCGGCACGGAAAGAAAAGCCAAGAAAGUGUCACAUUAUCAACGCAAGCCGAUUCUAGUAUAGAUGCCGACUCGGAUAAUGAAGGGUCUAGUCAGGGCAAUCGGCCGAAUGGUUCACCCCUGGACGAGUCGAUGGACGAUGCUACUGUCGAGAAAGUCCUAGCACCUUCUGGAGUCCUCGAUGAGCUCACAAAUCCGACUACCAAUUCAGGUGUAGAGUCGCCUGAGCCCAGCGAUGGAUUGGCGGUGGUAUCGACAACGGACAAUGGUGAAAAGCAAGAUUUGUCCAGACAAGCCAAAUACGCAGAUCACAGGUCAAACAUUCUCAAGGGGGGUAUCAAACGAAAGGACGCCACUUUACAGCAUAAUCAAGACUUGAAGACUGAUGCAGCAGGCCUGCAGGCCCGCAUCCAUGUAUGGAAAGCGGAACUAGAUCGCGCCACCCCGCCGCGGAGCCGCUCUGCAAUGGCCUGCGGUAUCGAGGCAGACGAUGCUGAAGAAGUUUUAUCCCUGAUCAUAUCGAAAUCAGAUUUUGCCAAAAUGACCAUUGUCGGCCAGUUCAAUUUAGGAUUUAUCAUUGCGGUCCGUAACGCGACGAGAGACGGGGAGGGAGAUCCAUCGGGGGACGAUGAGUUGUUUAUCAUCGACCAACAUGCGUCAGAUGAAAAAUAUAACUUUGAGAGGCUGCAGUCGACGACGGUCGUCCAGUCACAACGUUUGGUGCACCCAAAACAACUAGAGCUCACGGCUUUGGAGGAGGAGAUAGUCAUGGAGAACAUUUCAGCCUUGGACGUCAACGGGUUCAAGGUUAGUGUAGACAGCUCAGGCAGUCAGCCGGUAGGGUCUAGGUGCAAGCUUCUCGCUCUCCCCCUGAGCCGCGAAACGACCUUCACGCUGUCCGACCUCGAAGAACUCAUCUCUCUGCUGGGUGACCACCACUUAACCGAGGCCCGCUCGUCGGCCCCUCGGCCAUCCAAGGUGCGUUCCAUGUUCGCCAUGAGAGCGUGCCGCAGCAGCGUUAUGAUCGGAAAGGCUUUGGCGCAGAAACAAAUGGAGAAACUCAUUCGCCACAUGGGCGAGCUGGACAAGCCUUGGAACUGUCCGCAUGGGCGACCAACAAUGAGACACUUGAGCGGGCUUGGUCCCUGGGACGAUAAGGGGUGGAGAGAAGCCGAGCCUCGGGUCAACUGGGCUAGGUACGCUCAGAGUUGA